UAGACGGCUCGUCUCCCUGAGCAGUAGGGAGCGUGUGUGGUGACGCCACCCGCGCGCGCCGCUUGCGGGGUGUCCUGUGCUCGCGAAGGUCGCGUUUCCGGCGCUGGGCCGUCUCGGGGCUCGGGAUGUCUGGCUACACCCCCGACGAGAAGCUGCGGCUGCAGCAGCUGCGCGUCCUGCGGCGCCGCUGGCUCAAGGACCAGGAGCUGAGUCCGCGCGAGCCCGUCCUGCCCCCGCCGAAACUCGGGCCGGUGGCCAGGUUCUGGGAGCGUUUCCUGCAGCCGGGCUCCUUCUGGCGGCUGCAGACUUUCAAGCUGUACAAAGGUGGUGUAUUUACUGUAAGAUGGAUACUUAUUCCUGCCUGGGUUAUUCACUACUAUGUCAAAUACCAUGUAAUGAAAAUGCCAUAUGGUGUUAUUACAGUGAAGCCCAAAGUAUUCCCAGGUGACAGAAUUCUAGAGACAGGAGAAAUAAUCCCACCAAUGGAAGAAGAGCCUACUGGUCAUCACUGAAGGUAUAGCAGGAAUAGAAAACACCAUCUCCAGACCUUUCUUUAGGGCAGAGAAUAAAUGGCUAGUUAAGGAAGUUACUCUCAUAGUAACAAACUGUUCAUGAUUGACUGUAUGAAAUGGACUCUAGAAGUAGGCUUUCAGUCCAAUGUACUAGUAGUAAUACAACCUUUUUGUCUUAAUAGGCAACAGAUUAUCUGUAUUUUAUCCAUUGUAGCAACCAAUUAUGUAUCUCUACUCAUGUAAUUGUAUUUAACCAAACAGGAAGACACGGCAAAAAAACAUAUCAGCUCAGCAGGUAAUGCACAAGUGCAGUAAAAUUUAGAAAGGAUUUUGGAAAGUAACUGUCCUACUUUUAAGUCAGAUAUUAUUGAGAAAUAAUUUUAUUAAGAUUAUUUUACAUAGCCUCUUUGUUUCAUUCAUUGUGGAAGUCCUACCUGAACUAUGAACACUCAAGCAAUAUUGUUAGGUUU